CAGUCCACGAAGAACAUACACUGUUUUCCAACAGUUCCAACAUGUAUACAAAUAUAACCUUCCUGGCUUCCUGAAUUUUGCAUUGCUGAGGAGACAUCGUUAUGUAAACAUCACUGUGGACAUUUACAGAAGAAAAUAUGCGAAUUCACUUUAAGAGCGUGUUCGCAAUAGUGACAUCGCUUAUAUUGACGGCGUUGCUGUUCGAUGAUAUUAAUCGUACAGUCAAUGAUAUUGGAACGCAGAUUUAUUAUUACAUGCACCCGGAGAAGAGCAUUUACUGCUAUGAAGGAGGCGACUCUAAUCUGCCGAAACUCACGGACAUGGAUGUCAGGAAAGGAAAGUCGAUUUUCCUGCACGAAACUUCUUGCAGAUCUGCUGAAAAUGGGAAAAUCACAAUACUUCCGCGGCAAGCGUGUGCUGUGGAAUCAGCGGCUCGAUUGAAUCCGAAUCUCGAUGUCUACUUAAGCUUCUCAUCAUCCGGCGAUUUAAAAUCUGAAGGCAGCCAAAGCGACCGCAUGCUUCUCAAGCUUUUAGAGUAUCCCAACUUGAAGAUCGUCCACCUGGACUAUGCAAAUUAUACGAAAAACACUCCCCUUCAGAAUAUCUACAGCAACGGGUACCUGGCAAAAAGCAGUUACGCUCAAUCCCAUGCCAGCGACAUACUAAGAUAUUUGACUCUGUACAAAUACGGAGGAAUCUACUUGGAUAUGGAUGUAGUUGUCAUUAAGUCGCUGGAGAAUUUGAGCCCGAAUUAUGCUGGCAUCGAAAGUAUACGUAAUGUGGCUGCGGGUGUUCUGAGCUUGGAUUAUACGGGCGUUGGACACGACCACGCUAAGAACUGCGUAUUCGACUUGAUGGAUAACUUCGAUCGGCAUUCUUGGGGUGAGAAUGGGCCAGGUGUUAUUACAAGGCUACUGAGGAAGUUGUGCAACGUUCAAUUAGGAAAGGACAUGGUGCAGAAGGCGUGCGGUAAUUUCACCGUUUAUCCCCCCUACAUGUUUUACCCCAUUCCGUGGGGGGACUGGAAGAUGUAUUUCGAGCCAAAUAAAUCGUCGGAAGUAAGUAAAUUAACCAAAGACUCGUAUGUGCUGCACGUUUGGAACAAGCACAGCGAGCAAGAGUUAAUCUCUAAGAAUUCGCAAGCGCCGUACACAGAGUACGCACGCGAAUAUUGUCCAAAGAUAUUCAAAGAAUGUGAUAACUACUUCUAAAUUAAACUAGUCAUCACUGGUUCGCCAUAUUUUUGCAAUAAUGUAAAUAAUAAUAAUAAUUAUAGGUUUAAGCAAAUAAAAAUUGUUCAAAUCAAAAUCGGCGGAUAGUCAACCGCUGCUGAGAGUACAAACAAAGUUUUAUAAUUG